AUGAGUGAAAUGGUGUCUUUGAGACCUUUGAAAACGAUCAGCAUAGCCGAACAACCGAUAGAACUCGUAGAUAAGUUCUGCUACCUGGACCUUAAGCUGAAGAACAGCGACAGCUAUGCGACUAAGAUACAGUGGAUGUGCAUAAUGCCUGUUCCGCCUACAACUCUCUGGGAGUCUUUAUGGUCUUUAUGGUGGAAAGUCUUUAUGGUUGAUUCCUAUUACCCACGAAGUCGGGUUGCGAAUCUAUCAUAUGAUAUUCGCUUUACAAUGUUGUACGGAUCGGAUACUUGGGCUGUAUUAAAGUUAAAGUUGAAGUUAAAGUUUCUGGCGUUAAUCACUCCGCUUGGGAUGCGCCCUCACGUUCACUUCAAGCCUUUACAAUGA